AUGUUUGUCUUCAAAAAAGAGUAUGGCAUUGAUUCGGGUGCUUCAAAUAAGUUUUCUGGCGAUUUUAGAGCGAAUGUUGAGAAGAGAAAGGCUGAAAAAGCAUUGCAAAAGCUGCAACAGUUGGAGAAGCUACAGCUGUCCGGAAUUCAAGAGAAUAUAGCUGAUGAAGAUGCGCAAUCAGCCAACAUAAUCACUCAAAGACAACGUAAGCCACUACGUGACGUGACAAUAUCACCAAAAGUGGGAUCGUCUUCAGUGGGUGGAAUUAAUCAACUCGCUGAUAAUUUUGAUGAGCAUUUACUGAUUAGUGAAGCUGAUAUGAUGACAAUGAUGAUGCUGCAAAAGAAUCACGAGGAUAGUCAAGAGUCGAGCCAGCAGCACCGACUGCAACAAACUUCAAAUAAUCGAUCACUUGAUUCGGAGAACUCAAGUCGUUCAUUUCGUUCAUUUCAACAACAACACAGUCAUCAGCAACAACCCAUUGUUGCAUCAACACCCAAGUCAAACAAUUGUACUCAAGCAUCUCCGUCAUCGAAUUCAGAUCAAUUGAUUUUAUCAGCACAACGAAAUUCGUCCGCAUUUACAAGUUCGGAUAGCGAGGAAGAAUUUUUUGAUGCAGCCUCUGAGAUUUCGUCUGAUGAGGCAGAUGAUUCACAACCAUAUCAAGCCCAUCAUAGUUUGAAUACUGCUUCAGCUCUCGAUGAAUCACGUUCGGGUGAAAAGGUGAGAUCUCCUCGUUUGAAUGCGUUGGCCGAAUGUACUGAACCACCAUUAUCAAAUCUUGAAUAUCAGAGUGUUUCAACGUCGCCAAGAGAUGACAGAUCAGUGCCCAAGAAUGUAUCACCUCGCGUCUCGAAAGCACAUUCAACAACUAAUCCUGAUUUGAGAGAUAUUGAACAAAUAGUUGAAAUGCAAGAAAAUGCGUUGCGCGAAGAAUUGAUGCAAAUUCAAAGGAAGGUAUCGUCACAGAGUGAUCGAAGUAAUUCCUCGUUAACACCAUCCAGACCACGAAAUGUACCGUCGGUUGAAAAACCGUCACCAGCACAACAUAAGUUAUCCAAUCAAGCAGCAAUGAUUUCCUCGUCGAGAUCGGUUGAUUUUGCAAACGAUUCAACGAAUAUUCAGUGCGCUUCGGUGCAGCAAUCUAAAAUUUUCCUCUUUAUUUUUUGUUUCCAGCGACUACCAACACCGUUGAGAAGGCCAAGUGGCGCACGAAGUAUGAUACCAACACCAACAUCGCGUAUGGCGGUUCCAAAAAUAGCAGUCCGAGGAUUCGGAGGAGGCAGCACACCAUCACUCUUACCACCGAACAGCAGUGGAAGAUCAAAGAGCGAUGAAACGCAGUCAGAGUGUGGACCAAGUGAAUGGGCAGAUGAAUGUUUUUGA